AUUUGCUGGUAACUACCAGUUGAGAAAUGGGGAAGGAAGGAGAAGAGAGGGGGGAUUCCUGGGAGGCGCGUGCAGAAACUGUUUUAACCCUAAAUGCUUCCUCUGACUCUGAUGUCUACCUCAUGGGCUUAGUUUGAACGGCACUUGGGGAGUAGGGUCAACGUAAUUGACUGGAACAGGAGGUAGAGAAUCUCGUUUCACGCACCAUUUUCGGAUCUCGAGAAAGAGCUAGGUCCACCCGUUUAAAGGCGAACCUUGCUGAGCGCUAUGUGAUCCGUGACGUCGAUCAUCCUGCGGAAUUCUGGUGGACUUGACCAGCCACGUAUGGCUGGAGGGGACGAGAAAAAAUAAUAAUGGUGGGGUUGUGGUUGGUCAAUCGUGUACUGUACAGUACUCGUACUAUACCGGGUACGACAAUCCGCUCUCCUUUCACCAAACACCAAUCGGUUAAUCGACUCGUUCGCGAUGGGAGUUCCUGUUAUCAUACCCCUAACAGACCGUGUUUCCAACUACUGUCCACUGGGGUUCCUUCCAGUCUGUACGGUACGUGUUUUCAGCCGCCACAGCCGGCGCCUCAUGAGGCUUUACCUUGUGAAACAACCAAUGGAUCUCUCCCAUUGCUAAUGAUACCAUUGGGUCCCAAUCGGUAUAUUUGCCUAAAACAUUGGAGCCGGCGACAGCUCCUCUUUCCAGUGCUGUCCAGACCAUUUACGCCUAGCUCCAGGCUAUUCUCAAACCUCAAUGAGCCUCCGUACGUUCCCGCCUUUUUAUUUCCUUGCUAUGGAAAGUGAUCGACUUAGUUCCAUUGUCCUGGGUCCCCUUCACGGGUGUGUGUGUGCGCAUGGAUGCCAUUGCGCUUGGGAUCUGUAGGCAUUGUCUUCAAUUGCUUCGUGGUGGUGGUGGAGGUGGUAUAUAUCGGCAUUCUCCAACCCCCCCUCCACCAUCUGCACUUCAUUAUUCCUGCACCUUCCCUUCACACACACCACACUUCCGGAGUUGAGCUCUGGGCUAUUUUUUUUUUUUUUUUUUUUUCGCUUCUUUUUGGGGCCUUUUGAUAUUUGCUUGUGGAGGUCUUUGAAAGUCUUCUAGUUUCCUCUUCUUUUUUUCCUUUUGACCUUCUGGAUACAGGGCUCUUUCUUCCCCACUAAACAUACACACAUACAUAAGAUACAAAUCUUCAAACUUUUACGCAGAAGAAUAACGGAUAUCGUGAAAAAAUAACUAGAAUUACAAUCAUCCCCUGCCCACAUACGACAAUACAGGAUGUAUGGUCCUACAAUCAACCUUUUCCAGCUCGCUGGAGUUGCUGCCAUGACUUUAAUUUCUGGUGCUCAUGGGCAUAGCUGGAUUGAUGGUCUGAAGGUAGUCUCCGGCGGUAAUAGUGGUCCUUUCCAAAACACCACUACUACCAAAGAAGGCCCACAAGGUGCGGGCAUUGGUUUCAUCCGUGCUUAUCAGGGCCACGUCGACGCGACAGCAGUCUACCUGAUCACCACCCCCAAACUCGACAGUAACAUCUGCCGUCCCAGCCAGCAACAAAACCCCACCACCAACACCCCCAAAUUCCCCCGCGUGAGCGCAUCCCCAGGGGACUUCAUCCAGGGCACCUACCUGGAAAACGGACACAUCUCCAAACCCGACGCUGCUGACGGCACUCCCGGCACAAUAUACUGGUUCGGCACCGCCAACGCAAAACCUGACGAUACCCUUGCGAACGUCAAGCAAUGGACCGUCGACGGGAAGGGCGGCGACGGCCGCGGAAGGCUCCUGGCGAACCCUAGUAACUUCGACGACGGGAAGUGCGCCGAAACGAAUGAUACUCCGAUUGCCAAGCAGCGCAAAGCUGCCGGUGGUGGUGGCGCGUGCAAGAGCGUUUUCAAGCUUCCAGAGGAUGCCAAGGUUGGAAGCACAUUCACGGUGUACUGGGUUUGGGAUUAUAGCAACCACUUCGGUCCCACGAAGAAGGGGCAUACAGAGUGGUAUACCUCUUGCAUCGAUAUUCAAGUUGUCGCGCCGAAAGGGAAGAGGUUCUGGCGCGGGUCAGCGAAGUUCAGAGCGAGAUUGUGA